UGGGCUCAGUGCAGUCACAAAGCAGCAGACUAGCCCACAGCACCAAGGAGAUUGCCCCUUGGUGAGUCCUCUCUCACCUUCUUGCUCAGGCAAGAGGCUUCCUACUCACAUGCUGUAGCGGGCACCUUCCUCGAAACACUACAAUGGCAGCGGAGGUGAGGACUCAGUUGGCAGAACAUCCACUGACAAGUCCCAGGGCCGAGCUGAAACCUGAGAAGAAGUCAGGGCACAGGCCACAGAGCCACGGAGACGGUGGACCACAGAAAGAACCAGUGACCCCAGGCAUUGUGGAUUUGGAGCUGAACCAAGAAGUGCUGAGGACCCUUAAACCCCGAACUGCCGGCUCCUACCGCUUCGGCCGUCUCAGCCACCACUCCUUCUUCUCCAGGCACCACCCUCACCCCCAACAUGUGACCCACAUCCAAGAUCUCACUGGGAAGCCUGUCUGUGUCGUCAGGGACGAGUUCUCUCUGACCGCCCUGCCUCAGUUCACACCUUUACCCCGCUGUCUGAUGGGGAUGCCCAUAGUCUCUGUCCCUAUUGGGGACCCGCAGUCCAAUCGGAACCCCCAACUGCCUUCCCAGGCCUGGAAGAGGGAGCUGAAGGAGCUGGCUUCCCGAGUGGCUGUCUUCACCAAGGAGACAGAGCUGAAGAACAAAGAGUCUCAGGAGAAGGAGGAGCCUCAAAGGGACCAAGGAGCAAAGUACUCCGCUGAAACGGGAAGGCUCAUCCCCACCUCCAUCCGAGCUCUCAGUAGCCGCAAGUUCCGCCAGGGCCACCGGAGCCACCCUUCCAGCAGAGAUGGAGGAGCCCCGGCUUCCCUCUUGCAGGACCAGGAGCUGCUGGGCGUCCUCAACGUGUCUGGAAUCAGGUUCUCAGGCCCUGUGGGGAGGGGGCGUAGGGCAGAUCCUGGAGCUCCUCUGCCAGAUUCUGCAGACGGAUUCACUGAGUGCCAUCCAGUUCUGGCUACUCUAUGCACCCCCUCAGGAGAAAGACCUCGCUCUAGGACUCCUGCAGACAGCGGUGGCUCAACUCCUCCCCCAACCCCUAGAGUCCAUUCCGGCAGAAACACUCUUGGACCAGCUUCAAGAAGUUCAAGAACCACCUCAAGAGAAGCUGCAGCCAGCCUACAGUCAAUCCCAGAAGAAAACAAAGUCACCACCUCUGCCCCAAAGCGAAAAACCAGUGUACAUCGGAAAAGCCCAAGUCCUCCAGGUGCACGCCAGCAAAGACCCAGAGGAGAACGCGUCCAAGCCAAAGGCAGAGAGCUGAGGACAGCAAAGCAGAGCUAGGCGACUUCACCUGCUCCGCUCUCAGGUGGCCCCUGAGUUCCAGGAGUCCCUGCCCCACCACCUCCACAAGCCCCUGAUCGCCUACCAGAGUCUUCCAAUAAAGCCCAGUCUUCCUUUGGAAGGGACAGUCCCACUCUCCUAACCAAGGAGCUCUGUGCUUGGGGCUGAUUCUCUCCAAAGAGGGAGGGCUCCCUGAAUCAUCCCCUCCCAUGGAGAAAGCCCAGAUGCUACUUCCCACAGGAGCUGAGCUGGGUCUUUUACAUUCCAGUACACUGAGAUGCAGCUGAGAAAAGGGCUCUGCCCACCCUGGAGCCAAAACGUUCCCCACAGGGCUCUGGGUAUGUCAGACCAGAGGUCAGGGAAUCCACAUUCUCCUUAGGAUGAUCAUUCUUGCCAGGAUGCAUUCCUGUAUUUGCCAGGGACUGAGGCAGAGACGGGUGAUAGUUUAUGAAGGGUGCCAUGUGAACUGUUCUACAUAACUAUGCAGUACCAUAUUUCAUUUUCCCAAAAGGCCCCUAUGAGGUAGGACAUUAGUAUCAUUGCCCCAUUUGGUAGGUGAAUAAACUGAGCCACAGAUGAAACAAUUUGUCCCAAGUCACAGUUAAUAAGUAGCAGAGCAAAGAUUUAAACUCUAGAUGUCUAGCUGUAGAACUCUGGCUCACAUAGCAAUCCUCCCCAAAAGCUAGGGUUACAUUUCUGGAAAGUAUAAAGUGUCAGCUAACUUGAGGAGAAAAGGAACAUUUAUAAAUAUGGCCCAGGCAGCAGCUGAAGUGUCUCUGUCCUUCAAGGUUUAGAGAAGAUGGCCUUGGCCCUCAGGAAACCCACAGAAAGCUGGAGAGGGUGAGGAUUUACAAAGCUGUGGUCAUCUGUGAUCAACAGACUUGAUUCAUGGGUCGAGUGGCUCCAGUCUAUGCUUCUGGUCCUGUUGCACCUUCUGUUCAUUUAGAUGACUUCUGUCCCCUUGCUGUUGCCCAAAUCUCCAUUCACACAGAACUCUCUGCAGCAGGUUCCUGCCUGGAUAGAGAUUUGCUGCAAAUGCAGCAAACAGCUUCACAAUAUUAAACCAUCCCAUUUUCAAAGUCCUCAGCCUUUCCCUGUCACCAGUCUGCCCCCAGAAAGUCCACUUUGGCUUUCCAAUUUUUAAAUUGUGGUAAAACAUACAUAAUAAAUUUACCAGCUUAACCAUGUUUAAGUGAACAGUUCAGAGGCAGAACUUACCCUGGAAAACUGAAACUCUGUACCCCAUUUCUUCCUCCUCAACCCCUGGCAACCACCUUUCGUUCUGUCUCUAUGUAUGGGCCACUCUCGGUUCCUCACAAUAAGUGGAAUCAUACAAUAUUUGUCUUUUUGUGGCUAGAUUAUUUGACUGAACUUAAUGUUCUCAAGGUUGUUGUGUCAGAAUUUCCUUCUCUUUUAAGGCUAACUACUAUUUCAUUGUGUGGAUACAUCACAUUCCUUUUCUCCAUUUAUCUAUUGGUGAUAUUGGGUUGUUUGCACUUUUGACCCUGCAAAUCAUGCUGCUAUGAGUAUAGCUAUACAAAAGUACAGUGAUUGAUUUUUAUGUCACGCGUCAUCAAAGGAUCUAGAAAAAUCAGAGUAAGCAAAUGUAGGAGAGUAAUAUUCAUGUUAGAAAGUAUAGCUGAAGUUUGGGGUUGUGGCAUUUGCAUAGCAUGCUUGAGAUCCUGGGUUCAACCCUCAGCACCAAAAGAAAAAAAAGUAGAGCUGACAUGACAGGAAGGCGAGGCAGUGGAAUGGAAUGGAUGACAGAUUAGAGAAAAUCACAACACAUGCAGAAGAAAUGAACUCAACAUGCAGUGGAGGUGAACCAUAAGACCACUCUGUCAACCCAUGAUGAAGAUACACUUACUAGUUGUUUUUUUCCUUAGACAAAUCAAACCCUCUUCCGAAGUAUUGUGUAUGAAAUUGUGCUAAGAAUAGUACCUACCAAGGGAAGCUAUUAUCACAUGUGCAGGGUAAAAAAGACGAGCUCUGACCAUUCUCUGCCAGGAUCUGAAUCCUGAAUCUGCCUCUUUUUACUCAUGAGACCUUGAGCAAGUUACUUCUUUCAGUUCUUUAUCUGUCAAAUUAUCACACUAUAGUAUCUGCUUCCUAAACUUCCAGAAUGGAUUAAAUACUUAAAGAACUGAAGGAUACAGGCUGAGGAGAUAGCUCAGUGACACAGCACCUAUCUGGCAAGUACAAGGUCCUGAGUUUGAUUCCUGGUACAAAAAAAAAAAAAAAUUGAAGGAUGCUUCUUAUACAACUUUAGGAAUAUGUGAAUAUUUCAAUGUAUAUGUAUUUGGUACACAGACAAAGCCGGUGGUAAAAACUGAAAAGUGUUUCCAUUACAAUGCCCACUACAGUCAUUAUUAUUUAAUAUUAUGCUCUGGAAGUAUUAGCUAAUGCAAUCAGACAAGAAAAAUAAAGGGGCUGUGGUCCGAGCAAGGCUAAUAAAAGAGGCUUGACAAAGAUGAAAAUUAGAUGGGUAGAGGAAGAGGAGAAAGACUUGAUCUUUGUGGCUACCUGGGCAGAACUAAGGUUUGCACAGCCAGAAAAAAUGCUGCCAAAGAUUCCUGUUGCUGAGUUAUCCAAGCCAUGGCUGGGCCUACCUGUGGGUGUCACAGUGAGGGUUUUCCAUGGGCUCUUGGACACCUUUACCUUGUCCUUGAUUAAGAUGGAUUUCCAGCCUACUCAUUCCUGGUUAAGUAAAGGAGAACCUGAUUGUUGACCCAGCAAAUGGACAAGGAGCAGCCAGGAGCUGGGUCACUGGGGCACUCCCGUGUCCUUAAGCCGAGAGUCCCAGGUGUGAGUCUCUCCUCUUCAAAUUCCAAUCAUUCUAAGCAAUGUUUUCCAAGGUGUGGUCAAAAUACCCUGUGUAGUAGAUAAACUUAGGCAGCAUAAAGAAACAUUUUACAUCUAUACAUCUGUAUUUAAUUUCAUGUGUAUGGGAAACAACACAUCAAAAUGAUGAUACGUGCAUAUUACUGCUUAGACAAAACUAUAUGUAUUCAGGCAAAAAAAGGUAAAUUUAAAGAAACAUGGAGGAAUAGUACAAGUGGUCAACAGUUGCAAUGAAAUUCAUGACUUGGUUAUGGGCAUGGCUCAAAUUUAGAGCCAGGGCUUGUGUCAGUGACUGAGAACAGGACUCUGCAUUGUGAUGAAUCUGGAUUCUUAAUAAAGAAACCUCACUUUCUAGCUACAUGACCUUAGCAUUUUCUAGAUCCUUUAAUGACAUAUGAUAUAAAAAUCAGCUAUCCUCACAGCAGCAUUAUUUGCAGUGGGCAAAAAUGAUCCCAUAUCAUUAAUAAAUAAAUGGAUAAAAGAAAUGUGGCAUAUCCAUAGAAUAGCCAAUGAAAUAGUAUUUAGCCUUUAAAAGGCAUGAAAUUCUGACACAAGAGUAAACUUGAAAGCAUUAAAUUGUGUGAAAGAAUCUAGUCACAAAAAGAUUUCUCUAGUUUCUGACUCUAUUGAUUUGCCUCUUCUGGUCUUUCACAUAAAUAGAAUCAUGCAAUAUGUAGUCCUUUGAGAUUGGCUUUUUUCACUUAGCAUAAAACUUUCAAAGUUCAUGUUGUAGCAUAUAUCACUAUUUCAUUCCUUUUUAUGGCAAAACAAUAUUUCAUUGAAUGGUUAGACCACAUUUUGUUUAUCCAUUCAUCAGCUGAUGGGCAUAGGGGUUGUUUCCACCUUUUGGCUGGGCUUGCAUUUCUCUACACCUUGCCAACACUCAUUAUUAUCUGCCUUUUAAAAAUGUAGCCACCCUACUGGGUAUGAGGUGGCAUAUUGUUGCAGUUUGUACUUUAUUUUCCAUUUGUAUAUCUGCUUUGGAGAACUGUCUAUAAAAACUGUCAGUGAGUCUUUAAAAACAAAAUUCCUACUAUGCAUACAGAUAUACUUCAUUCCAAAUGGAACUUUUCUAGCUCUAUAAGGAAAGCCCAUCAGAUUUAGGUCUGAGGGGCUCACGCCUUAGUUUGUGUUUGUGUAACUUGGCAGCUCAUGAAUUCCAUUUAGCUAAGGUCUAUUUGUUUCAUUUGCUGUGAAAUUAUUUAUAUAAGGUAAUUAUUGCUUAUAUACUUUUUUCCUGCCAGUAGGAAAGAAAAAUAAAGUGCAUAGUGGCAGUG